AUGGCGUUCAUAAAAAAUACACCGAUAGCCACCGAAAAUUGCCGCAGAGUUGAUGUCCAAAUAGGUAACCAAGGGACUGUUACAGGGUGUGCUCUAAGAAGUCCUCGAUCAAAAAAAGAAUUGUGCCAUCGUUUCUGUGGAAUUCCUUACUCGCUUUCUGUAGAUGGAGAAAACAGAUUCAAAAGGCCAAGGAAAAUCCCGGAGGACUUUGAUUACACCGGCGAAUAUAUUGAUUUCAAGUUGAAAUGUCCUCAACCUGCCAGUGAUGAUAUUCGUUUGGGUUAUAUUAAGUCUCCAAGUGACGAGAAUAUCACUUACUUGAAUAUUUCCGUUCCGGCUUCUGAUAAGUUCAAGCCCAAGGAUGGCUGGCCAGUUUUGAUUUAUAUUCAUGGCGGCUGGUUACAAAACGGUUCUCCAAGCUCGGAUGCUUACAACGCAAUGGAACUUUUUGAUGAUGAGGAGACUCGCGACAAGUUCAUCUUAGUCACUCCGGGAUACCGACUCAACAUUUUUGGAUUUUUAUCAUGCGAAGAACUUCUGAAAGAAGACUCCAAAGGAUUGAACGUGGGUUUUUGGGAUCAGCGCUUUGCAUUAGAAUGGGUACAUGAUAACAUCAAAUAUUUCGGCGGGAACUCUGAAAAGUUAACUUUGAGCGGCUUGAGUGCUGGUGCCUAUUCCACCUUUUUCCAGCUGGCCUACGAGCUUUACCAUCAAGAAGAAAGCCAAUUAAUAAAGCAAGUGAUCUUUUUUUCGAAUUGUCUCUUCGUUCAGCCUAAAACUCUUAGCGAGACACAAGAACAGUUUGAAGAGGUUUGCGCUAAGCUUGCUAUAUCCUCUGACCUUGCUCCUGAAGAAAAACUGACUGCGCUCCGUAAAAUAGAUGCAGGCUAUCUUGAGGAUAUCAUACCCGAAUUGAGGAUGCACACUUUCCGUGCAGUGACUGACGGCGAAUUCGUACCUCCAACACUUUUACAAGACAUUUUGUCCGGAGAAUAUGCUCAAAUGCUGAAAGCCAAAGGAGUCCGGCUCAUGUGUGGCGACGUUAGUAAUGAAGGGCUAACAUAUUCCGUUUUCAAUCCUCCAACAAGUCUUCCAAAUCUGAUAGAUCAAGUCGAGAACUACUAUCCAAAAAAAGUCGUCGAUUCUUUGUUAGAAGUUUACGACGUUAACCAAAUCAGCAAUCCAGCUGAAAGUUCACCAUUGGAACUCAGCAAACUUUAUGGAAAAAUUGUGGCAGAUGGACAAGUUUACGCAUCGCUCAGGGGCUUCUUGGACAAGAUUAUCAAUAACGGCUUCCCUCAACAAGACGUCUUUCGGUAUCGAGUAAGUUUCCGACCAAAAUAUGUUGAUGAGUUUCUGGCUCCCAAUGAUGGAGUGCCCCAUGGCUGUGACACUCCGAUCUGGUUCUACUCUUUGAGGGACGGUUACAACGAAGAAGAGAUUACCAUUACCCGAAAUUGGCUAAAACCCUAUUUAAGUUUUCUCAAUUUUAAUGACUAUAUUGACGGUUGGAGUUCGGCAGAUAUUAAAAAAAUUCGAUGGUUUAAGCAAGACGGCUCAAUUGAAUAUGAAGCGGAUCCUGACUGGGACAGAGGUGUGAAAGUGGCGAACGUGGCGUAUAUGGCGCAAGUCUGA